GAAACCCUCAGUUGCCGCAUCGUCGGAAGACUCUGCAAACUCCCUCGCUGCGGUCUUUUUUGUAUUUCAGCAAAGCCAUGUUUAGGACAGCUUCGAGGAGGUUUGCAGCUACGGUCUGGAGAAGUGCCGAGCACCUGGCGCAGAUAGAAGCCGCUUACCAAACCGGUAUCAAUGUCUCCAAGGCGCAAGGCGUCGGACAACGCGGUUUCAUAGACGCAAUUGGCAAGACUCCCCUCAUCAAGCUCAAACGUCUCUCCGAAGAGACAGGUUGCGAAAUCCUAGGCAAAGCCGAGUUCCAAAACCCCGGAGGCUCUGUCAAAGACCGUGCAGCGCUCUACGUUGUCGAACAUGCGGAAAAGCUUGGCCUGAUCAAGCCUGGUGGCACUGUCGUCGAGGGCACCGCUGGAAACACUGGAAUUGGACUUGCGCAUGUGUGCCGCUCAAAGGGAUACAAACUCGUUAUUUACAUGCCGAACACGCAAUCGCAAGGAAAGAUCGAUCUGUUGAGGCUUCUGGGCGCGGAGGUGUAUCCGGUCCCUGCUGUGGCUUUUGAGAACCCGGACAACUAUAACUGGCAGGCGAAGAGACAUGCGGAGAGAACGGAGAACGCCGUGUGGACCAAUCAGUUUGAUAACACUGCGAAUCGUCAGGCCCAUAUUGAGACGACAGGACCGGAGAUCUGGGCGCAAACGGGAGGCAAGAUCGAUGCGUUCACUUGCGCCACGGGAACAGGAGGAUCAUUAGCUGGCACAACGAGGUACCUGAAGGAAAAAUCCAAUGGCCGCGUCAAGUCAUUCCUUGCUGACCCGCCUGGGUCCGUCCUCCACUCAUACAUUCAAAGUGGGGGGAAGCUCACUGAGCGAUCUGGAGGUUCCAUAACGGAGGGGAUCGGUCAAGGCCGUGUGACGGACAACCUCAAGCCUGAUAUUGACCUCAUCGAUGACUCAUUACACAUUCCCGACGAGGAGACGAUUGCGAUGGUAUACCGUUGCCUUGAUGAGGAGGGCCUCUACCUAGGCGCGAGCUCCUGCCUGAACGUUGUCGCAGCCAAGAAGGUUGCUGAGAGACUUGGAAAGGGACACACCGUCGUCACACUACUCUGCGAUGGAGCAUACCGCUACGCCGACAGGCUAUUCUCGAGGAAGUGGCUGGAGCAGAAGCAGCUCAUUGACUCAAUACCACAGCAUUUGAAGAAAUACAUUGUAUUGCCAUAACCUAGAAUUGCAGGACUUGAGCAUUAGCGAGGAGCAAUUGAAAUCUAGAUUAUAUAUCCAAAUCUACUUUCUAUCCG